AUGGUUAAGAUGUUUCCCAGCGUAUUCGUUCCUGUUGCCAACGAGACAGACAGUUUUGUAGGUGUCCAUGCGGCGACGGCCCCGUUGAAUCUGACCCUGUUGGUGACCGACGGCGAUCAAUUCGAAGCGUACGAGUGCACCAGCCGGAUGGAGCUCGACAGGCUGUUUGCGCUGAACGACGCAGCAAUUGGCGGUGAAAACGAAAUUGACGGGUUUCUUGCCAAGCUCGCAGAUCUACACGACGUUAUUUUGCGCAGAGAGUCCGGGUUCGUGACCCUUUGUAAGCCGGAUCUCGAAUUCCGGUUUCCGUUGACGCGUUUAGCAGACGAUAAGCUAUCGUCGGCUCGGAAACAGUUUCUUGCCCAUGUGGGGCGGCUGGGCGCGCUCGAAUCGAGUCUCGUGACCAGUCUCGCACACGAGCUCAACAAGAAAAACCAAAUAAUCCUGAAACUCGCCGCCUCCAUCGCACAGGACUAUCUGGGCAACACCCUGGAGCAGGACGAGGCUAUUUUGCAGAGCGACGAGAUCCAGCGUCUCUUUCUCCAGACUGGCACAUUACGAAACUCGCUCGGUACAUCUUUUAAACAAAUAAAGGACGAGACAGUGUCAAACUUCAAGCAGUCCACCCUGUCGUCUGCACAGGCCCUGAAAAAUUUAUUUCUAGCGCACGCAGAGCUGGAGCCUGUUAACCCGACCAAACGCCGCAAGCCGAACGUCCAGACGACCGUCCCCGAUACGAGCCCGAGAAAACGGCUUAGAGACCACAGUUACAACUUCCCAAUCAAACAGAGAAGAACCCGCUAA